UCGCUGCCGGCUUACAAUACCAAGCAAUGCCAAUAUUCUAGCGCCCAUUUUUUGCGAGGUUAAAAGAAAUUUCGCAAGCCGGCUGCAUUUGCCAAGUACAGUGUCAUUUGUUAAUUUAUUAAGCGAGUAGUACAAAGUAGACUUACCAUGGCCAUGUCCAACUUCAACUUCGCCAGCAUGGCAGCCCAACUGGGCCAGGAGCAGGGCAUUUCCUUCCAGGACAAGGCGUGCACCUGGGACACAGCAGCCGAUGUCCAAGACGUGGUGGAUGCCCUCAACAAACAGACCACGGUGCACUACCUCAAUCUGGACGGGAAUACGCUGGGCGUGGAGGCGGCCAAGGCGAUUGGCGAGGGUCUGAAGCGUCACCCGGAGUUCCGGAAGGCGUUGUGGAAGAACCUCUUCACGCGUCGCCUCAAAUCGGAGAUUCCAGAGGCGCUAAAGCACCUGGGUGCCGCUCUAAAUGUGGCCGGAGCCAAGCUGACUGUGCUGGAUCUCAGCGACAAUGCCCUGGGACCGAAUGGCAUGCGCGGACUGGAGGAGUUCCUGCGAUCACCUGCCUGCUACUCGCUGCAGGAGCUGCUCCUCUACAACUGCGGCCUGGGUCCCGAGGGCGGCAGCAUGCUGUCCAAGGCCCUGAUCGAUCUGCAUGCCAAUGCCAAGAAGGCGGGAUCCCCGCUCCAGCUGCGUGUCUUUCUGGGCUCUCGUAAUCGUCUCGAGAAUGCGGGCGCCAAGUCCCUGGCUGCCGCCUUUAAGACCCUCAAGACCUUCGAGGAGAUUACCCUGCAGCAGAACUCCAUUUACUUUGAGGGGGUCGAGGCUUUGGCCGAAGCCUACAAGGAGAACCCACAUCUGCGGGUGCUAAACAUGAACGACAACACGCUGAGAUCCACGGGAGCCGAGAAGAUCGCAGAGAUUCUGCCCUUCUUGCCAAUGCUGCGGGAAUUGAACUUUGGCGACUGCCUGAUCCGUACAAAUGGCGCCUAUCACUUCGGCGAGGCUCUGGAGAACUCCAACGAUCAACUGGAGGUUGUCGAGCUGGGCUACAAUGAAAUUAACAGCGAUGGCGGCAUGGUCCUGGUGUCCGCCAUGCAAAACAAGCCCAAGCUUCGUUUCUUUGGGCUUGAUGGCAAUAACUUUGGUCACGAAGGCUCUGAGCAAAUAAUCAACGAAAUGAACAAGUUGCCUACUGCUGCUGCCCUACAACCGUUCGAGGAAAUGAAUUCAGAGGACGAUGAAUCGGGCGACGAGGAAGGGGAGGAGGAGGCUGACUAUGAUGAGGAUGAGGACUACGAUGAGCACGAGCAUGCCAACGAUACCACCGAGGAAGCCGACGAGGAUGACGAGGAGUAUAACGCCCUGGCCGAGGAGACUGCCUAUGUCACCACCAAUGCCUACACAACCAAGCUUUUCAAUGACACCAACGCGAACUCCAGCGAUACUUUUGCGGUUGCUAACAAGACAAUCAGUCAGAAAUGCACGCCCGAGGAGUUCUGCUUGAGCCAGACGCCCUGUUCGCAGCAGCAGUUCGACUCGCUGGAUCAGGAUAACAAGUUAGAGGCACUGCAGUCCAUUGUCAACCAAUUCACCGGCGACAACCACUUGCUGCUGCUCGUCUUUACCACUUUGAAGUGCGCCCAUUUGUCGCAAUCGUCGAAAGCUGCUUUGGACCUGGCCGUCUCCCUAUACCAGGCCGUUUUUGACUACGCCAUUGAGACGAAGCAGGAGACCCGUGUGGUCAACUAUGUGCUGAUGCAGCUGCGUCUGCUUCGCUGCGAGGAGCCAUUCAAAUCGGACUACGAUGUCAAGGGAUGUCGCUUCGCACUGCGCGAGGCCCUCAAGCAACCGAAGUUCGCCAACGACAACAUAAAGAAUUCCUUUAAGACCUUCCUAGAGAGUGUCGAUGUGUAAACCUUGUAGAAGCUUAAGAUCUUAUUUAUAUUUUCUACGUUCCAAUUCAUUGCAUCUUUGGUGAAUAAAAAUUGAUUAUUCA